GCAGACGCCAGGCACCCAGUUCUCCCAGCUCCGGAGGCGGCGGGAGGGCCUAGCCUAGGGACUGCGGGCCCGGAGCCGGGAUGCCUGAAGGGCCGUCUGUGAGGAAGUUCCACCACUUGGUGCGCCCCUUUGUGGGGCAGCGGGUGGUCCGGACAGGGGGCAGCAGUAAGAAGCUGAACCCUGCCAGUUUCCAGUCCCUGUGGCUCCAGGACACCCAGGUCCAUGGAAAGAAACUGUUCCUUAGAUUUGACCCAGACGAAGAAACCAGGUCUCCUGGCAACAACCCACUGCCAGAACCUCUGCAAAAAAGAGAGAGGAAGGAAGGGGCUGGGGACCACAAGCAGACCUUGGGUCCCGGCUUCCAGAAAAUCUCAGACCAGUCGUCCCAGUCCCUGGAGCAUGUCCGCAGCGGAGACAAUGGCUCGGAGUAUCUGGGGGGAGACGGCCCUGCAGGGAGUGCUGAGAGGUGGCUGCAGAUCAGCUUUGGUUUGUUUGGCAGCAUCUGGGUGAACGAAUUCUCCAGAGCAAAGAAAGCGAACAAGAGGGGUGACUGGAGGGACCCCAUUCCGAGGUUGGUCUUGCACUUUGGUGGUGGCGGCUUCCUGGCAUUUUAUAAUUGUCAGAUGUCUUGGAGCUUUUCCCCAGUGAUCAAACCCACCUCUGACAUCUUGUCUGCAAAGUUCCAUCGAGGACAAGCCUUGGAAGCUCUGGGCAAAGCACAGCCUGUCUGCUAUACACUGUUGGACCAAAGAUACUUCUCAGGCUUAGGGAACAUCAUUAAGAAUGAAGCCCUGUACAGAGCUGGGAUCCAUCCCCUUUCUCUUGGCUCACUCCUCAGUCCUCAGCAACUGGAGAUCCUCGUGGAUCACGUGGUGGAGUUCAGUGCAGACUGGCUUCAGGGAAAGUUCCAGGGCAAACAGCAGCACACGCAGAUCUACCAGAAAAAUCAGUGCCCUGAGGGGCACCAGGUCAUGAAGGAGGCCUUCGGGCCUCCAGGUGGCUUCCAGAGGCUCACGUGGUGGUGCCCACAGUGCCAGCCCAGCCUGUUGCCUGAUGAGGUGGAGCAAGUUCAGCUUUCCUGAGGCUCUGGGGCCUCUUCCCAGGACCCUGCCCUUUGGGGAGCACAGUGUUGGCGUGUCGAGGAGGGGGUGCGGGCAGGGAUUGGGAACGGAGGGGCGGAGGGGUCGGGAGGAGGUUACUGCUCUAGACACGCAUCUCACUGAAGUUAUGUCUAAGACAGAGUUUUCACAGGGUUAGUUUUUUUUCGAGUGUUCGUUUAAUUUUUUUUAAUUAAAAAAAUUUUUUAUCCUUACCCAAGGACAGUUUUCCAUUGCUUUGAGCGAGAGGGGAAGGGAGAUGGAAGCAGCAAGUGGUUGCCUCCCAUAUUCUCCCCCACUGGGGUGGAUGUUCAGCCAACUGAGCCACGCCACCCAGGGCGAGUGCUAGUUAAUUCUUCCUAAUUCUGCCAUUGUGAAAGAUGAGAAAAGUUGUGAUGACAGUUAAGGGAAAAGCCUCCCAGAAUGACAAUGGGGUAGUGAAAAUAUAAGUCUGUGGAAAAUUGCUGCACCCCCACAUUGCGGUUUGGUUUGGGUUUUGAAAGGCCCUCCAUUUGAGAAGGAGGAACACGGAAUUGUCUUUUUUCAUUCCCCUGGAGGCACCCAGGGGCCAGGAUGGAGGACCAUGAGGGUCAUGCUCGGAUUCAGCCUCCAGACUGGGUCCUUUUCCAUGGGAGGGGGACACCACGAGCAGGGGUCAGGGAGGAGGGGGUCCCGGAAACUGGUCACCUUUCUGGUGUGCCCCGUGGCCUUUAGAAAUAGCUCCUUGUUUCCUCCUCGAGGAGAUUUGCUUGUGACCAUCGCUGUGCGGGACGGUGCCAGAACCCAGGGUCAUGGAGACACUGUGUAAAGUGGUUAGCAAGAGCUGGAGGGGA